AUGGAUUUUAUACUUGGAAUAAUGGCAGCAACUGGGUCUGAAAAGCAAAAACGACUCAAUGUAAUUCUUGCUCGACAGCCGCAAGCUAUUCAGAACUUGUACAAGACAAAAGUGGAGAGAGAGCAAGCCGAGCGGGAAAGAGAAACAAUUUACAAGCAAACACUAGCGGAAGGGAGAGGUCUCGGUAAUUACCAAAAACAGAUGACUGCUAUCGAAAAUGACAUGAGCAUAUCAUCAGCGGAAGCAGAUCAGAGAGAGUACCAAUUGAAACGUCAGUACCACACUAGAUACCCAGCUGCUGGACGGUUACACGAUGACGAUGAUGAUGAUGAUUUUGAUGAUGAUGACUAA